AUGGACGUGGACAUACCAGAAAGCUCAACGGAGAGAACAGGUGAGGAGGAAGACUACUUGGAACGAAGCACCAACAAGGUAAAAGAUGGAACAACCACAGUGGGCCGGGAAAUGGGGGUUUUCAAGAGGCAGUGGCCAACAGAAAAAUGGCAUCCUAUAGAUAUUCAGUGCUCACCCAUCCCACAGGAUAGAUUACAACGAGGAGGAGGAGGAGGAUACGCCAGCAAGGGGGGAGAUUAUGUGAAGGCUCUACACGAAGGUCCAUUAUUCAUUAUCAGGCAGUUUCUCUCAGUGCUUAAAUGGGACGCUGAAUUUAAAUUGUCCCAAGCAACGGUUACCACUACAGUGGUAUGGGGGAGAGGAUUACCAAACAAAGGAGUACAGGGAGCAUCGGAUAAGAGUAAUGUAAUUGUACGGCUGGCGAACCUUACGUCGGAGAAGAGAACACUGAUGGCUGAUGGUAGCCAUGAGAAGCAAGGCAGUAAAAGAAGGAUGCCACUUGGACCAAUUGGGACAAGACAACUGGCAAACCAAAAGGUCAAGGUGGUUAACUCAAUUGGCAAAGAAAAUGUAGGACCAAUCAAUAAUGAGAAGAAAAAUAGUCAGUCACGCCAAAUGGCGGUUUAUCAGACAAAACAGAUACAAAAUAUCUGUCUCUCCUCGGUAGAAGAGCAGUUCGUGAGAACCAACGGAAGACACGACUUGCGAGGGAGAAAAAGAAUGGUAAAACAGAGGUGGCCAAAGUACUGGUUGGGAUGGAGCAAAAUAAGAAAAUUGAGGAACUAG